UGGAGAAGCUAUCCUCGUCUAAACCUCGGUCGUGUGGUCUACAUAUAUCAGCACAGGCACGGCCAUGGACACACCUCACUGGUCUAUCUUUUCUCCGAUAAGACUGCCCCAUGCUCUGUAUCUGCUCCAGUUGCUAGGUUAGCAACCUGCAUUUCUUGAAGAUCGCCUUGUGAGGAGAUGCCGACGGUAGCCAUCACGCUGGACCCGUCAUGCUGCAGCUGCAGAAGCAAGAUUCAGAAGAUCCUCUGCUGCAUCCAAGAGCGUUGCGGGUUCGUCUUCGAGAAGGUGGUGUACGAGAAGGAGAAGGUGCUCGUCACCGGGCCCUUCGACGCCAUCGACCUCUGCUGCAAGCUCCGGUGCAAGGCCGGCUGUUUCUUCACCAAAAUCGAGAUCGUGUCGCCGCCGCCGCCACCGCCGACCGACAAGUGCAAGCUGAUCCCGUACCCAUAUCCGUACCCGUGCCCUUACCCAUACCCGCAGCCGGCGUGUCCGUCCAGCUGCCCUACGCCGCCGCGCCCCUGCCAGUGCCACUCCUGCAAGCCGCCGCCGCCGCCACCGCCAUGCCCCCCGCCUCGGCCGGUAUGCCCGCUCCCACCGGUUUGCUGUCCGGUGCCUCCGCCGCCGUGCCGCCCGUGCCUGCCGGCACCAUGCCCCGUGCCUCCGCCGGUCUGUCCGCCCCCACCGGUAUGCUGUCCGGUGCCUCCGCCGCCGUGCCCGUGCCCGCCCUGGAUGCCGUGCCAGUGCCGCGGCUAGAAGCGGGACUUCUGCUGCGAGGAUGCGCAACCCGACGGCCCCUGCGCUGUCAUGUGAUGCUGCUGCGGGCGCGCUGGCGGCCGGGCGGCUUGCUUGCUGCAACCUGACGAUCAUCAUGCACUUCGUCUACGCACAUCUCUGUGAAUUCUUCCGGCCGGUCUGUAUAGUAAGACCAAGUAAUCUGCUCUAACAUGCAUGUUGUAUGUACUCAUCAUAUGUUUUCAUGCCCGGAUUCACGGCUGCUUCUGGAAUCAAAAGCUGCAGAAGCGAAGAUUGUACGUGUUUAAUUGUGUGUGUUAUAGUAUACAGCUGCUGUACUUGGAAAAGAAUAAGGAUGAAGCUCUCUUCUUGUCACUAGGUCCUCCUGCUGAGGAGUAUGAAGCUAUGAAUCUGUUUGGAUUU